UUGACCCGGACCCGGUAUGUUCGGCACGAUGCACCCUCCGAGGGUCUAGCUAGGCUGGCUACGGCUGACAGAUCGCUGUUAUUAGCAGCCUUCUUGCUAAGUAACGUCUCCUGGUCAACUUCCAGACACCACUUUAGGCACAACAUUCAUGGUCACAGAAGCAGACAUAGGCGGCAAGAUGCAGGCUUGUUUCACCCGGCAUCUUACGUAAUACCCGGAGGCGAGGGAACCGGUGUUUGGGGUGAAUGGGGUAAAGUGUCUCCCUGUUCAAGAACAUGUGGUGGAGGAGUUGCCAGCCAAAAGAGGAUUUGUCUUGAAGUUGGUCUAGAUAAUCAGCCUCUCUGUACUGGUGGAGAUACGAAAUACUUCUCGUGUCAAACUCAAGACUGUCCAGAGAGUGCAGGAGACUUCAGGGCUGAGCAAUGCGCUGAAUAUGACAACCAGGCGUUCAGAGGCAGCGGCAUAAAGUAUAAUUGGGUGCCCUACACUAAGGCCCCAAAUCCAUGCGAGUUGAACUGCAUGCCUCGUGGCGAACGGUUCUAUUACCGACAGAAAGCUCAAGUCAUUGACGGUACUCGCUGCAACGAUGAAUCCUUCGACGUUUGUGUUGAUGGAGUAUGCCAGCCUGUUGGAUGUGAUAUGAUGUUGGGUUCGAACGCGCGGGAAGACAAAUGCCGACAGUGUCGUGGCAAUGGAACCAACUGCCACACAGUCAGCGGUCUUCUAGAUACGGAUGACCUUAGAAAAGGCUAUAACGACAUGCUACUUAUACCUCAAGGUGCUACGAAUAUUUUCAUCGAGGAAGUCAGAGAAUCUAAUAAUUAUUUAGCGUUGAGAGCGAAACAAGACAAUGUGUACUAUCUGAAUGGAGAUUAUCAUAUAGAUUUUCCUAGAAGUCUAGUUAUUGCUGGAUCGUUAUGGCAUUACGAACGAAGUCAACAAGGUUACGCUGCACCGGAUAAAUUGAGAUGUCUCGGUCCCACGGACGAACCGCUAUAUCUCUCACUCCUUUUACAAGACUACAACGUUGGUAUCAGCUAUGAAUAUAGUGUCCCUACUGCGUUAGCUCCUCCUUCCAACCAGCAAUAUAACUGGGUUCAUGAAUCCUUCUCUGAAUGCAGUGCUACAUGUGGUGGAGGAUUUCAAACACGUCAAGUGACAUGCCGGUCAAGAGAAGAAUUAAACAUAGUGGAUGAAAGUUUGUGUGACGCGGGUCUCAGACCGGCUACAAACCAGACGUGUAACACAGAGGCCUGUCCGCCUCGCUGGGUAGAAGGACCUUGGAGCCCUUGCUCGAAGCCUUGCGGCGACGGUGGGACGAGAUCACGACAGAUAUACUGCGAGAAAAUUAUUACCAACAGGUUUCCAUCAAUAGUCGCGGAUAAGGAGUGUUUCGAUCUUCUUGGACCCAAGCCUGAGUUGUAUCAGACGUGCAAUGAGAACGCUACCUGCCCUACUUGGUUUACAGGACCUUGGAAGCCGUGUGAUAAAUUAUGUGGAGAGGGUAAACAAACACGACAAGUUGUAUGCCAUCAAAGGAUCGAUGGUUUCGUAAGAAUAUUCGAAGACAGCGAAUGUGAGGAUGAGAAACCGAUUGCUGAGAAGAAAUGUAUUCUACAUCCCUGCGAUGGAGUGGAUUGGGUUCUAUCUGAUUGGUCUGGAUGUGACACAUGUUUGUCCACGGUCCGAACUCGGGUGGCUCUCUGCGCUACCAAGGAUCGUAAAGUAGUUGAUUCAGAACUAUGUUCGUAUCACCCAAAUCCGUUAUUAGUGGAGGAAUGUGAUCGCACCAAGCUCCCACCUUGUCAAGUUCAGUGGUACGCAACUCAAUGGAGCAAUUGCUCAGUGGAAUGCGGAAAGGGCGUGCAAACUCGUAGAGUAUUCUGUGGUCUAUUUGACGGUGCUUCUGUUGUAAAAGUCGACGACGAGAGAUGCGAUCAAGAAUACAAAUAUAACAGUACUAAAGAAUGUGAGGUGCCACAGGAAAAAUGUCCCGCCAAAUGGUUCGCGGGCCCCUGGUCAGAGUGUACUAAAAAAUGCGGCGGCGGUGAACAAUACCGUCGUGUGAUGUGUUUGAGUGGUGGCAAAGAGAUCCUCAUGUGUGAUAAAGAAGCCGUACCAGACUCGACACAGUCAUGUAACAUCGGACCCUGCGAUAAAGACGACUUGCUACCGGUGGACGCUAAGUCUACUCCGAUAAUGGAUGAUUAUGAAGAUGAGGAAUGUGUCGUCGAAGAUUACGAGUACCCGGAAGAGGGCGCUGAGGCUUACGUGUCUGAAGCAUCUGGGAGCGCGACCCUGUUCCCUGAAUUCAUCUUUGAUUUCGACACUACAAUAUCAUCGGAUGACACCGGAUCUGGAUUCGAUACAACUGGGACUUAUGAAACAACAGAUAUAACUGGUUAUACUGAAUCAACUGAGACUGAUUUAAUAGAAGGGUCAGCAAGUGGUUCGACAGAAACAACAGAUAUAACUUUAGUAACAGAAAUUACUACUGAAGGCACAGAUUCAACAAUAACUGAUGACACAGUAUCGAGUACAACCGAAAGUUCUGUUACCUCGUCAGGAAGUAGUGAUUCCAGUGAAACAGAGAGUACAGAUUCAAUUUCAACAGAAGAAACAGAAUCUACAUCCGAAUAUUCUCUAUCUAGUACAACAGAAAGUGGUUUCAGUAGUACAGAAAAUGGGCUUAGCACAACAGAAGAUGAAUUAAUAACAGAUGAAAGUGAAUCCAGCACAACCGAAAGCGGUAGUACAACAGAGAGUUCAACUGAAAAAGAUUCUAGCACAACAGAAACUGAUUUCGUUAGUACAAGUGGAAGUUCUGAAUCUAGUGACUCCAGCACAACAGAAAGUGAUUCAUCGAGUACAAUAGAAUCUUCAUCAGUAACAAAUGAUUAUGAAACAAGUACAAUUAUGUCUAGCACGACCGAGGAUGAGUUGAGUACACUUGAAAGUGAACCUAGCACAACAGAAAACUAUUCGAGUACAACAGAAACUGGGUCCAGUGUGACAGAAAGUGAGUCUACAACUGAGGGUACGGAAUCUACCACAAUAUCAAGUUCUGAAUCUGAAAAUACAGAUGGUAGUACAUUAGAAUAUGAUACAUCUAGCACACCAGCAACUGAUUUAUCUAGUACAACGGAAAGUGAUGAAUCAAGCACCACUGAAAAUGUUUUAACGAGCACGACUGAACUGUUAGAAUCAAGUUCAACAGAAAAAUCAGAAUCUAUCUCAACAGAAAGUGUUGAACCAAGCACAACAGACAGUAGCGAGUCAAGUACAACGGAAAAUGUUGAAUUGAGCACUACAGAAAGUAGCCAGUCCACAACGGAAAUUUAUGUUUCAAGUACAUCAGAAAAUAUAUUAUCUAGUGUGACCGACGUUAGCGAAUCUAGUACUACGGAAGGUGAAGUGUCUAGUUCAACAGGAAUUGAUGAAACAAGUACAGUAACUGCUUCCGAAUCUAGUACAACAGAAUCCUCGCUAUCUAGUACAUCAGAGGAAUUUGAAACUACUGAGACUAGUGAAUUUUCAACUACGGAAGGUUUUAGUGAUAGUACAACGGGCGUUAGCAGUACAGAAUUUACAGAAUCAAGUACAACAGAAUCUUCCGAUUUUACCUCCAGUGAAGGCUCCACGACAAUGGGUAGCACUGAGUCUAGUUCAGUUACUGAAGAGACAGUUACCGAAGAAUCUGUUGCACCAAAAUCGACACCUUGGGAUUGGGCAUCAACGAUUGAAGUGUUCACAAAGAAACCUUGUAGGCCCAGAAAGAGAACCGCGAAAUGUGUCAAAAGUAAAUUUGGUUGCUGUCCGGACAAAAGAACACCCGCUGCUGGGCCAUUUGACGAAGGUUGUCCAAAUCCCAAAACAUGCAAAGAGUCGAAAUUCGGUUGCUGUCCCGAUGGUGUUUCACCCGCACCGGAACCGAAAGGCAAAGGUUGUCCAGUCACUCCUUGUAAUGAAACGCUUUACGGAUGCUGUAAGUCUGACAACAUCACCGCUGCUGAAGGUAACAACCAGGAGGGUUGCCCACUACCACCUCCCGCUUGCAAGACAUCUGAGUUCGGUUGCUGUGAAGAUAAUGAAACAAUUGCUAAAGGUCCCAAUAAAGAAGGAUGCUCAGAAACAGAAACUCAAAAGCCAACACCAGUGGUUGCAGUGGGAUGUGCUGCGUCAGAGUUCGGUUGUUGCUACGACAACGAGACCGAUGCCUCUGGUCCAAACGGUGAAGGAUGUCCAUGCAGUAUUAGUGAAUUCGGCUGCUGCCCUGAUGGUCUUACUACAGCUGGUGGCGCCAACAUGGAAGGCUGUGUGAUGUCAUGUAACACGUCGGCUUACGGCUGUUGCCCUGACGGAGAAACUCCAGCACACGGACCGGACUCUGAAGGCUGCUGUGUACAGACGGCGUUUGGUUGCUGUCCUGACAACUACAGACCUGCUGAGGGACCCAAUCUUGAAGGUUGUGGUUGUCAAUACGCUCGUUAUGGUUGCUGCCCUGAUAACGUCACAGUCGCCCGAGGACCCAAUAUGGAUGGAUGUGGCUGCGCGCACUCUCAAUAUGGAUGCUGUCCAGAUAGGCAUACACCAGCUUCUGGUCCCGAAUUUGAAGGAUGUGGUUGUCACACGUAUCAAUUUGGUUGUUGUCUGGACGGUGUCAGUAUCGCUUCAGGUCCUGAGAUGCAGGGAUGUCGUUGUGUGGACUCCAAGUAUGGAUGCUGUGGAGAUGAAAAAACUCACGCCAAGGGACCCAAUAACGAGGGAUGUGAUUGUUCAAACAGCAAAUAUGGCUGUUGUCCUGAUGGCGUCACUGAAGCUCAGGGUGAAAAGUUCCUUAACUGUACCGACGCACCGAUAAAUAGACAAGCGGCCUGUGGACUUCUUAAUGAAGGAGGACCAUGUCGCAAUUACUCAGUUUAUUGGUUCUACGAUACGGCCUAUGGCGGAUGUUCACGAUUCUGGUACGGUGGCUGUGAAGGCAACGGUAACCGGUUUCUUAGUGAGGAGGAAUGUAAAGAUGUGUGCGUUCAGCCAUCACCCAAAGACGCUUGUAAUCUUCCAAAAGUCAAAGGAGCGUGUCAGGGUUACCACGUCCGUUGGUAUUACGAUUCAGAACGUGAGCAGUGCUCCCAGUUUGUAUUCGGUGGAUGUCUCGGUAAUGCCAACAAUUUCGACACCAAAGAGCUCUGUCAGGAACGCUGUGAACCCGAGAAAACUGAAGAUAAAUGUAACUUACCUAUCGAGCGUGGUCCCUGCGCCGGUAACUUUGCCCGUUGGGGCUUCAGUCCGGAGAGAAGACGUUGCGAGCAGUUCGUCUGGGGAGGCUGCGAAGGGAACGCCAAUCGAUUUAAUUCAGAAGCUGCCUGCCUGUUACAGUGUGAUCCGCCCGGAACUCCAAAACAAGCAUGCUCGCAGUUACAAGAUGUAGGAAACUGCACUGAGAAGCAUGCGGUGUGGUCGUUUAGUCAAACAGAGAACCGCUGCGUGCCCUUCUAUUACACUGGCUGUGGCGGCAAUGAUAACCGCUUUGACAGUGAAGGUUCAUGCGCCAAGAACUGUCCUGGUGUUUAUGAGAAAGAAAUAUGUACUCUACCUGCUGUGACCGGUGAGUGCGCGGACUAUACACAAAGAUGGUUCUUCGACACUACGAAGCAGAGAUGUCGCCCAUUCUACUACGGCGGGUGUGGUGGUAACGAAAAUAACUUCUACUCUGAAAUGGAAUGUGAGACUCGGUGUUCGGAUCAACCGGUCACAACAACUGUUCAGCCGCUCACGAUGCCAACCACACAAACACAACCGAGCGUCCUUACGACGGAGAGAUCUGAAUUCUGUUACCUGGAAAUCGACAGCGGUCCAUGCACGCAGCCACAGACUCGUUAUGCGUUCGACGCUUCCCGCGGUACGUGUGUUCAGUUCCAAUAUGGCGGCUGUGGUGGCAACAGGAAUCACUUCCCAAGCCUCGAAUACUGUCAAUACUAUUGCGGAGUUGGUCAAGAUGUAUGCCAGCUGCCGUUCGCGGAGGGUCCUUGCGACCAGUCGAUCAUGCAGUGGUUCUAUGAUGCUACUUCCGACUCUUGCAGUCAAUUCACAUACGGAGGUUGUGAGGGCAACGGGAACAGGUUUAAUUCACUCGAGGAAUGCGAAAACCGAUGUCGUCAAAGACUUCCAGCUACGACGACAACAUCGUCUUCUACUACUGUGACACCGGAGUAUGUUCCGGCCAAAUGUCAAGUGUCUCCGGCGUUAGAGGAGUGUCGGGAGAGCGGCGAGGUGUGGUAUUUAGACCAGGAGCUACGUGCUUGUGUAUCAUUCAUUAAUGAGGCCGAGGGCUCACGUUGUAGACACACGGGGGCCUUCAACUCUCAAGAAGCGUGUGAGCGAGCUUGCGGAGCAUUCCGAGGACUCGAUGUUUGCCGCUACUCCCUGGAUCCGGGUCCUUGUCGCGAGAUAGUUCCCAAGUACUAUUACAAUGAAGCCACGGGCCGCUGUGAAUCAUUUACAUACGGAGGUUGUCACGGUGGACCCAACCGCUUCUCUACUCUUGAAGAAUGUGAACAAAUAUGCAGACCUAACAUUGACCCUUGCAUCCAAUCUCCUGAAUCUGGCAACUGCUUGGCUUACUUUGUCAUGUGGUACUACGAUAGCGCUCGGGAUGAAUGCGGUCAAUUUGUGUAUGGAGGAUGCAACGGCAAUGAUAAUAGAUUUGAAACUCAAGCAGAAUGUGAAGGACGGUGCAAGAAGGGAACUGUUACUACUACAGCCUUCACGUUAGCCUUGGUUCCGUCAACAACGACAUCGACUUCGACCUCGACAACUACUACGACGACUACGACCACCACACAAGCGCCAUCACCUACACCACAGUUUAUAGUAGAAGCGGAAUGCUCAACACCAGAAUCAUUGGCGGUGUGCGGCGAAAAUAUUACGGUGUAUUACUUCGAUACUAGGACUCAGGCUUGCUUGGCCGGAGAUUUUGGUGGCUGUAGGUACGCGAACAGCUAUCGCACUGAAGAAGAGUGUCAGAGACGGUGUGGUGCCUUCAGAGGACUUGACGUUUGCGGCUCUCGUCUCGACCCUGGUCCUUGUUUGAACACCAUUCCUAAAUUCUACUGGGAUCCACUCUCUGGCCGAUGUCUGAGCUUUGCUUACGGAGGCUGUCACGGUGGACCGAAUCGCUUCUCCACUGUAGAAGAAUGUGAAGAAAUCUGCGGAGCGACCGGACCAGAAGCGCGUUGUCUGCUGCCGGUGUCGACGGGCGCUCCGGGCUGUGGGGUCCCCUCGCGGCGCUGGUACUACAGCGUCAGCUUCGGGGACUGCCUGGCUUUCGUCUACUCUGGAUGUGGCGGCAACGAAAAUAACUUCUACACUUACGAAGAGUGCGCUGCCUGCAAGAGUGAUUACUUGAUCCCCGAUCAAGAAACAGGCAACGAAGUUUUACCCGACUGUGAUGAUUUCAAUGCGGAGUGCGCGGCUCUGGAGUGCAAGUAUGGAGUGCAGAGGAUACGCGUGGGAGGAGGAUGCGAGCGAUGUUCAUGUAUCGCGCCGGAGGUCGACUGUGAACUGUUAGCCAAGGAAUGCAAGAACCUCAAGUGUACUUAUGGACUCCAGAAGACUACUGACGAAGAUGGCUGCGAGAGGUGCAAUUGCAUCGAUCAUCCUUGUGCCAACAAGGAGUGCGAAAUUGGAGAGCGUUGUGUUGCAACACCUUACAGAGACGCAAUCUCGCAAGAAAUUCUAUACUCCUCUGACUGUAGAAUUGCAAACAAAUCUGGAUCGUGUCCAUCGGAGGCUGUGUCAUUGACAGCGACAGAGAGUCAGUGUAGGCGUCAGUGUAACGACGACGCAGACUGCCCUGGUGUAGGGAAGUGCUGCGAGCGUGGCUGUAGUCAUCUGUGUAUGGAACCAGUAACACCUAGCAGCCCCACGGCACGACCUGUGCCUAUCUAUGUACCUGAACUGCCCCAAGUGCCAUACGCGAAUGAGGCGACCGAACCGGAGGUCCAUGCGACUCUAGGUAGUAGGGUCACUCUACGAUGUUUGUUCCACGGCAACCCUCCGCCGAAGAUCACCUGGCAGCGAGGACAGAUCACGAUCGAAGGAGACGUUGGUCGGUACCGACUAAUGUCUGAUGGCUCGUUGGAGAUCGUUUCUCUUUAUCGUAACGACUCCGGGGUCUACAUCUGCGUAGCUGACAAUGGACUCGGCAUAGCACGACAAGAAAUCAAUCUUCAGGUUGAAGGUAAGUUUGAAUUCGGUAAGAGUAAGUUAUGGUCAAGUUGA